CUCCCACACCAGCCAUGCCCUCCAACCAACGUCCCCUAACAAGACCGCGCCCCAAAUCCACCUCAGGCGUCCUCUACGUAGCAGCCGCCCCCCUCGUGCUGCGUGCAGGCAACUUCCUCACCCUCUUCUGCACCCUCUUCCUCUCCCUCUCCCUCCUCUUCACCCUUCGAUCCCCCGACGACGUAGCCAGCGCGGCCCGCGGCUUGGAGGGUUACGUGGCCGGUGGGCUCAAGAGUGCUGCGGCGGGGCGAACAGGAGUCACAGGAACGAAAGGAUGUAGGCCAUUACGACUGCCCGGGUGGAUCGAUCUUGGUGGUGGUUCUGCUUCUGCUUCUGCUCAGCCGAAAUGGUCGACAUUCGACUCCCUUUGCCCUGAGAGCUCCAUCGUCUCUUCCCUAUCUUCUUCCUCCUCCUCCUCUGCCUCCCUACCUUGGCUGGCCAAUCGCACCCUACUGGUAGUGGGGGAUGAAGAGCCCACCCAUUCCCGUCUGGAGAGGUUGUGCGGUACUCUAGGCGGGAGAAGUGCAAAGGUCGACGUGGCGCAUCCCUGGGGUCAGGCACUAGAGCGUGUCGAGGGGGAGGUGGCCAAGUUGGGCAUGGGUAGCUAUUGUUAUGUGGAGAGGGUCGACCUCUUAAUCCACCACCUCCCCCACACAGGCCUCGCACCCCUCGGCAGCCAUUCCGUCGAGUCGAGGCUGAGUAGUCUUCUCCUCCCUCUCUUGACCUCUUGGUCCUCCCCUUCCCACUCCUCCCUUCCCUCCCUCCCCCACCCACGACGACGUCGUUCCCCCGACCUAACGAUUUGGUCUUCCUAUACCGCCGAUCUUGCCUCCCUCACCGACCCAGCAGGGGACAAGGUAGGAGCGGCUGCUGUGGGCCAGAUGGAGAAGCUCAACUGGUGGAGACGUCGCAACCUUGAGGCUCUGCAGCACUUGAAGAAUGUCGCAGGCGGAGGAAAAGUGGCGUGGAUGAGCCCCGGGCACGGCGAUGGCGAUGCGGUGGAGCAGGGGCAAGAAGGGAUGGCCCACAUGGCCGCUGCGUUGGAAACGCUCCUUCUCUCGCCUGCAGCAGGGGAUAGGUUCUUGGCCAAUGAGGUGCCCUACUCCCUUCGCGUCCCUACCCAUGCGCGAGGGGCGGCGAGCUGGUGGGCGGGGGAGGUACCUUGGAGGAGAGUAAGUGAGGGCUUGGUCGGGAUGCGCUCCAAGGGCGCGAAGAGCAGGGAGGACGUCGAGGCCGGAUUGUGGGGUGAAGUCUUGCUGGGUACGCUGGCCGAAGUGGUGUAGCGCUAUCGUACUGCUGAUGAGGGGUGGCAGCGUGGCGGGUAGACAUCUUAUGAACCCAAUCAAUCCCGGAUCGUCGUAAACCUCUGCCUCCAGUAGACCAAUGGUCUGCCCGUUCUCUCUUCUGCUCCCUUCACCUCCCCCUCGCUCCCUCUCCCAACGGACUCAACGGCGUGCACUCGAGCGAUAAAGAGUCGACUACCCUUUGACGCUCCUCUCUCUCGCCCUCCCCCUUGAUGUGCCACCUCUC